GUCAACCGCACCAUAGAUGAUCAAUACGGAGACAUCGAGGAAGGGAUAUUCCCUCAGUACUCCCCUCCGGAAUUGUGGGCUCAAGGAGCGACCUGCGACCACUGUUCCAUAACCCCUGGAAUACUGAAUGUCUCCCAGGUAUUCAAUGGAACUUGGCACGAUACAACAUACGAGCGCGGACAGGCUGAUCGUGUAAUCAAUGUUGCAUUCACAGGCGUAGCGGUCUACGUCUACGGCAUAGUUCCCAACUCUAUCCCAAACGUCACUACCUUCGCUAAUAUCAGCUUCUUCCUGGACAACGAACUCGUCCAUCAAUAUGUCCACGAUCCCAAUACUAGCUCGGUGAUCGAGUACAAUACACCCGUAUACGUCGAAACAUCCCUCCCGAAUAUGGAGCACUCCCUCGAGAUCCGUUUCAACGGACUCAACGACUCCCUCUUCCUCUUCGACUAUGUCGUCUACACG